AUGGGCUGCAUAUGCUCAAAACUAUCCUCUGCAAAAGAUAAUGUAACCCAAAAUGAAAAAGAGAAAGAGGUAGACAAGUCCUCAGCGCAGAUGGUUGCUCCCUCUAACAGGGAGGAGCUUGUAGUAGCAGUAGUCAAUACUAAGCCUGAUGGGUCUGUUCAUACAAUGUCUAAGCCGUCCUUACCAGCCAUUGAGGGCUCUGUCCCGGCCGCAGUAAAUGAGGAUCAGAAGAAAACGAUAAUUGUGGAAAGACCGAAAAAUGGACAGCAUCACAGACAGGCAACAGUGGAUCUGGGAGUCAAUGGAGUACAACAAGCAAUGUCUCGAAUAAUAAGUGUGCCACAUGGUGCUGAAGGUGAACAGAUCGCUGCAGGAUGGCCAUCGUGGCUAGCUUCAGUUGCUGGAGAGGCCAUCCGAGGGUGGGUUCCUCGAAGUGCAGAAUCGUUUGAGAAGUUAAACAAAAUUGGCCAAGGAACUUAUAGUAGUGUUUACAAGGCUCGCGACCUAAAGAAUGGUAAAAUCGUAGCAAUGAAGAAAGUGCGGUUUGUUAAUAUGGAUCCAGAAAGUGUUCGUUUCAUGGCCAGGGAAAUUUGUGUUUUGCGGAGACUAGACCACCCAAACGUUAUGAAACUCGAGGCUCUGGUCACAUCAAGGAUUUCAGGGAGCUUGUACCUUGUAUUUGAGUACAUGGAGCAUGAUCUUGCUGGGCUUGCAGCUUCACCAAAGAUCCAGUUCACUGAACCACAGAUAAAAUGUUACAUGCAACAACUAUUUCGUGGACUUGAACACUGCCAUAGUCGUGGGGUCCUGCAUCGAGACAUAAAGGGUUCAAAUCUUCUUAUUGAUGAUAUGAGUGUUCUGAAGAUCGGAGACUUUGGUCUGGCCAAUUUUUUUCAGCCUGAUCAAAUGCAGCCAUUAACUAGUCGUGUGGUAACUCUGUGGUAUAGGGCUCCCGAACUUUUGCUCGGUGCAACAGAGUAUGGAGUUGCCAUUGAUAUGUGGAGUGCUGGUUGUAUUCUUGCAGAGUUGUUUUCUGGAAAGCCUAUUAUGCCUGGAAGAACUGAGGUAUUUUAUUGUGGGGAUAAAUUUUGUUACUUGGUUAGCAUGCAUUUCACUCAUUUAGAAAUUUCUACACAUCUUUUCUUUCGAUCUUAA